GCAAGUCUAAAACAUGGCUCUAGUUCGGAUAGAAGAAACCCCUAGAUGGAAGAAACUCUUGGGUUAUGUCGGACCUGGUUUUCUCGUUUCUGUCGCCUAUCUUGAUCCCGGAAACUUGGAAACAGAUCUACAAGCUGGUGCAGACCACAAAUUCGAGUUGCUAUGGAUCGUGCUUGUUGGGCCGAGCUUUGCUUUAACAAUCCAGUCUCGUUCGGCAAAUCUAGGAGUGGCUACAGGAAAGCAUCUUGCUGAGCACUGCAAGGCAGAGUACCCAACUUCAGUUAAUUACUGCCUGUGGAUACUUGCGGAGGUUGCUGUGAUAGCUGCGGAUAUCCCAGAAGUCGUAGGAACAGCAUUUCCUCUCCACAUACUCUUCAAAGUACCCAUAUGGAUUGGGGUCCUACUAGCUGGAUUGAAUACUCUUCUACUCCUUGGACUGCAACGAUAUGGUAUAAGGAAGCUGGAGGGUGUAAUUGGCUUGCUAGUGAUGGUACUAGGCUGUUGCUUCUUCACCGUGAUGGUACACGCUAAACCCAGUGCAGAGGAGAUCUUGACUGGCAUGUUUGUUCCCAAAUUGAAUGGGCCACGGGCCACCAGUGAUGCCAUUGCUCUUUUAGGAGCUCUCAUCAUGCCACACAAUCUUUUUCUCCACUCAGCACUGGUUAUAUCAAGAAAAAUCCCUCACACCUUAGAUGGCAUCAAGAGUGCAAGCAAGUGCUUUUUGAUAGAAAGUGGGUUAGCAUUGUUCCUAGCGUUCCUCAUCAAUGUGGCAGUCAUAUCUGUUAGUGGUAGCGUGUGUUCCAAUCCAAUUAUAUCUCCAGAAAACAAAGCUCAAUGCAAGAAUAUCACUCUGGAGUCUGCAGCUUCCUUGCUUAAGAAUGCCCUUGGAAAUUGGAGUUCGAAACUUUAUGCCAUAUCCUUGCUUGCUUCUGGUCAGAGUUCAACUGUCACUGGAACCUACGCUGGCCAGUACAUUAUGCAGGGUUUCUUAGAUUUGAAGAUUGAGCCCUGGUUGAGAAACUUAAUAACAAGGUGCAUAGCAAUUACUCCAAGUUUAGUGGUAUGCAUUAUCAGUGGAUCUCGGGGAGCUGCAAGCCUUAUCAUUAUUGCUUCUAUGGUCUUAUCAUUUGAACUACCAUUUGCAUUGGUUUCUCUCCUAAAGUUCACCAGCAGCGAAGCAAAGAUGGGUCCCCAUAAGAACUCAACAAUGGUAAGGCUUGUUUCAUGGCUUUUGGGGUGUUGCUCAAUUGGGAUCAACUCAUACUUCUUAAGUACGACUAUCAUAGGAAGGAUAACAAGUAAGCAAACCUCAAAAGCUGGAUCAAUCCUCGCAGGUGUACUAGCUCUUCCAGCAAUGGUGCUUUACGUCUCAUUAUUGACAUACUUGACAUUGAAAAGAGAGAAAUCUACUGAGAGCUCCCCUAAUAUGAUGAUGAGUACUAUUGAAACAAGAAGCUGAGACAAACGGUUGGCAAUUUGGAGAGCAGAAUAAGGGAGAUGGCUUACUACUAGUUGCAGACCUACACCUGCACAAUGCGUGUGAAUAAAUAAUUAUUUUAUGAUUAUGGUAUAAUGUAUAAUUUGUUCUCUAAAGUUUGUUGAAGAUAGUUUGU